AUGGAGACUACACUCGUUGUUUUGUUUUGUUUUAUACCUUCUCUAUAUGGAGGUCCCCUAAACAAGCGGUUUCUAGGUCUGUUUGGUAUUUCAAUACCUAACCCAGCUGACCUUUCCGGUCUCUAUAACAUUAAAGUACCAGGGGAUGCAACGGGGUAUUUAGACAUCUCCCACCAACAGCAGAGCGCAGCCGCAACAGGAACCGGAUAUGUGCAACAUCAGAAUCACAAUGGUCCUGGAUCCUUCAAUUUACAGACAGGGGGCUCCAAUAUGAAUUCACUCCCUGGUAAAUGUGACCAGUUCAUAACGACACAUUGCGACAUAGACUGCAGGCAAAUUGACUCUGUAACUGGUUGUGUGACGUGCAAGUCUGGGUGUCGAAGUAACACUCAAGCGACAUCUGGUGGUGUAUCAUCUGUUACUUCAAUCUCAACUACAGCGUCGCCGAUGUGUCCAGCGUUUCCGGGCACCUGUCCACGCGGAAGUGUGGCCGUGGUAAAUGGAUGUCCGAUUUGUACCGCACAACUUGCAACUCAACAGACUACGACUGCGCAAGCGCCGUCUACAUGUGCUCCGGUGAGGUGUGUGACGCCAUGUAACAAAGGCAUUAUGUUGGGUUCAGAUGGAUGUCCGGUGUGUGUCUGCUAA